UGCGGUGUCGCUCGGGUCUGCAAAAUUAUCGAAUCAUCAAGUGAAUAUUUUUGUAACAUAAUUCAUUCUUUAUCAGAAAAAGCAAUUAAAAUAGGAUCAAAUUAUGGACAACAAUACACUUCCGCCACUGUUCGAUAACAUGGAUAACGUGGAUAUCAGUUCGCCAAGUGAUGAACCUGAAAUUUUUCAAUCCGCAAUUCAGGAUGACGAAUCGUUGUCACCGACAACCAAAGAAGAAAGUAUGGAAGAUGUCAUUACAAUGACAGCGGAGAGAGAAACUGGUGACACUUUCAUUGAGAUUACUGUUGAAGAACCACAAAAAAUUGGUGACGGAAUGACCUCAUAUUUAGCAUACAAAGUAAUAACAAAGACCAACAUUGCAAAAUUCAAACGACGACAGUCAACAGUGCUACGUCGAUUCAGUGAUUUCCUCGGUCUCCAUGAGCAACUUCUGGAACGUUAUCUAAGAGCUGGUUUCAUUAUUCCACCAGCGCCAAGUAAAAACAUCAUUGGCGCGACGAAAGUGAAGAUGGGAAGUCAACAAACAGCAGAAUCGGGAAAUGCAAAUGGACUUGAAUGGGUUGAAAAUCGUCGUGCAAGCUUAGAACGCUUCCUUAAUCGAACAGCUGCCCAUCCAACGCUUCGCGUCGAUCCAAACUUUAUCAACUUCCUCGAAAGUGAUCAUGAACUGCCAAGAGCUGUUAACACAGCUGCCUUAUCUGGUGCUGGUGUCAUGCGACUGCUAAAUAAAGUCGGUGAAACAGUCAACAAAAUCACUUACAAGAUGGACGAGAAUGAUUCGUGGUUCGCUGACAAAAUCUCAGAGAUUGAAGCUCUUGAUUCUCAUUAUCAGAAACUUCAUUCAGCAGUGAAAUCGUUGGUGUCUCAUCGUCAGGAAUUGGCGAGUUUAACUGGUGGAGUAGCGAAAUCAGCAGCAAUGUUGAGCACAUGUGAAGAACAUGUUGGACUUUCAAAAGCUCUUUCACAACUCGCUGAUGUUGAAGAGAAAAUUGAAUUGCUUCGAACCGAACAAUCGAAUUCUGACUUUUACAUUCUAUCAGAAAUGAUUAAUGAUUAUAUUGGACUGCUUAGUGCUGUUAAAGCUGUUUUUCAUGAACGGGUUAAAGUGUUCCAAAACUGGCAACAUGCACAAAUGCAAUUGACAAAGAAACGUGAAAAUAAAGCUAAGUUGGAAUUAAGUCAAAGAAACGACAAAAUUGAAGGUGCACAAAAGGAAGUCGAAGAGUGGGAAGCGAAAGUUCAACGAUGUCAGAAAGAAUUUGAUGACAUUUCAGCUGAAAUUAAACGUGAAAUGGAACGAUUUGAAAUUAAUCGAGCCAAAGAUUUUAAAGCAGCGAUCAUCAAAUAUUUACAAGAUCAAAUGGCACAUCAACAACAAAUCAUGAAAUAUUGGGAAGGAUAUCUGCCAGCUGCUAAAGAAAUUGCAUGAAAUUGUCCUUCAUCUGCACCCACUGGUAUUGUUCAUCUGAGCUUUGUGUAAAUAAUUAUAAUCUUGUUAAUAUCCUUUUGUUAAUCAACAAUCAUUUAAUUAUGUCGUACUACGUUUAACCUUAUCGAGAAACUUUAAUUAGAAUCAAGACAAGAAAAGUUCUGUGACUUUUGAAUCCAUCCCUCCUCCCACGCAACAACUCAACUUGUCUUGAUAUUUUUGUUUACAAAUUUCAUAGAAGAAUUUUUAAAUUUCUUCCGAAACGAGAUUAAAUUUAAGUCUCUCAAUAAUCUUUUCAACUCAUCACACUUGUUAUAAAGUUUCCUUGUCGAGCAAAUUAUUAAUCAAUUUAUAUCAUUUAAUUAAAUAUCAUUUACUACUCUUGUAAGAUAAAAGUUAAAAGAAAAGCUUCGCAAACAAAAAGAUAUUCUUGAAGCAUUCCGAUAAAAUUAAUGUGAUGAUUAUGUUUUUCAUUUAACAUUUAAUGUUUUUUUGUUUCUUUUGUAACUUUCAUCACUUUUCGAUUUAAUUUAGAGAAAGAAAAAUUGUUUUGCGAAAUUUUUUUACAAAUGAAUAUUGUGUAAUGUUAAACAAACUACAUAUUCUUGGUAAUUUUCAAAAUAUAUUUGAAUAAAUUAUUUAAUCAAGAUGAAAAAUGUAAGCAACAUAAAGAGAAAGAAUUUUAAUGUUGGAAUUUCUUUAUUUGCCUAAUUUUAAUUUAAAUUUUGUAGUUUUCGGGACAUUUCUGAUUGUCAAGGAAUAACGAGUUCCGCGUUUACAGAUUUCUUGCUCCGAUGAUCGCUUGUUUUUGAUUAGAACAUCUGAAAUGUCGUCUUCAUCAACUUCAGAUAUUGCAUGCAUGUAACAACUGUAAAGUUCAUCUUUAAGAAUUAAUAAACUGCGAGGUUCGACAAGAACUUUAAAGCAAACAUCACGAGUCAUAUCUUGAGAUUGAUAGAACUCUAGAAUUGUAUGGGAUCCAAUGGAAACUGUUGUAAUUGUUGGAUAGAAAAGCGGUCCAUCAAAAUGCGGCAUGAUUCCUUGACCAGCAGUGUAUUCAUUUAACAAUAUAUGAUUUGCUUCAACAUCACCAAAUAUCUUCAAACUAUUCACUUUAUCGAGAUAUGAUUGUAAAUACGAUGGAAUAUCUUCAGCAAUCAUUCCUUUUUGAGUUGGAAUUCCACCAUAAUUAAUUAAUCGCCGAUUUUUUAGCUUUGUCCAUCGAACUACUGAUGUUCUCUCAAUAUUAUGUAGAAGUAAUUUCUCUUCUGAUUCUGUGAUGAAUUCAGGUAUAUAAUAACAAGAAGGUGGCAUUGAUUCUACUCUAAA